GCUCGGGACACAGGGGACAUGAGCGUAGAGGAGAACAAUGAUUAAUCUGUGAGUGCCUGACCAAGACAAGGAGCCAUGGGUGACUGGACCUUCCUGGGGGAAUUCUUGGAGGAAGUACAGAAGCAUUCCACAGUGGUGGGGAAAGUAUGGCUGACUAUACUGUUCAUCUUCCGAAUGUUGGUCCUCGGCACUGCGGCAGAGUCCUCCUGGGGAGAUGAGAAAUCGGACUUCAUGUGUGACACCACCCAACCCGGUUGUGAGAACGUCUGCUAUGACAAAGCAUUCCCCAUCUCCCACAUUAGAUUCUGGGUUCUCCAGAUCAUUUUUGUGUCCACUCCAUCCUUACUAUACAUGGGGCACGCCAUGCACACCAUUAGGGUGGAGGAAAAGAAAAAAUUCAGGGAAGAGGAAAUGAAAGCCAAGCAGGACAUGAGUGGAGACUCAACCUACCACCAGAAAGUGUACCCACCAGAAAAAGUAGAACUUCCCUAUAAGGAUGAGAUUAGUGGGAAAAUUAGGCUUCAAGGAAGCUUGUUAAAUACAUACGUGUGUAGCAUUCUCAUCCGCACAGUGAUGGAGGUAGCUUUCAUCGUUGGACAAUAUAUGCUGUAUGGAAUCUUUUUGGAGACCCUCUAUAUAUGCAAGAGGAAACCUUGCCCCCAUCCCGUAAACUGCUAUGUAUCCAGGCCAACUGAGAAAAACGUUUUCAUUGUUUUCAUGUUGGCUGUGGCCUCAUUCUCACUUCUACUCAGCCUGGUUGAACUCUACUAUUUGUCAUGGAAGGGGCUCAAGCAGAAAUUGACUAGGCCACCGCCAAGUGGCCAAAACGCCUUGAGGGUGGCCACUAUAGAGCCAGAGCACCGCUCCCAGAGCUGUACACCUCCGCCCGAUUUUAAUCAAUGUCUAAACACUAGCAAAGGCAAGUUUGCCACCCCAUUCAGCAAUGCUCUUGCAUCUCAACAAAACACAGCUAACUUUGCCACCGAGAGGGUCCAGACUGAAGAUGACAUCGGACAAGGACCGUUCGUCCACAUCAACUAUUCACAAAAUGCUCCGGUGACCAACCACUCUGCGCCACACCACAUGCCCAAUGGCUACUGCCACAGCGGCCGGCGCUUGAGCAAGACAAGCCGCACUAGCAGCAAAGCCCGCUCAGAUGAUUUGGCAGUGUGAACUUUUUUGGGGUUUAUAGCCUUCCUGUUACGUAUUUAUAUAGCCGUAGAUAACAAUCUAUUUUGGGUUGUGUUGGCUUCCUGGAUGUAAUCAUGGCAAUCCAUUUUUUGUACUGUAAUU